GACUGCCCAAACAUCACCCUCAUGGACACGAUAUCUAUGCUCCAGCCAUGAGGUCACACACAAAUUCAGCAUGGCAAUCCAUUGCUGUGCUUCUCCUAUUGAGCGGAGCUGCAACAGCUUCGUUGGGCGAUAGAUUGCCCGACUUCAAGCACUGUCUAGAGGUCUGCAAGGAAGCCAACUGCGGCGAAGAUCCCACACCAAUCCCCCUCCACCGUCGUCUCAUGUUCUGGGACUGUCCAGCCGAAUGCGACUACACCUGCCAACACUCCGUGACCGCGAAGCGUCUCGCCCGUGACCCGCCCUAUAUGCAGCCCAUAUACCAGUUCCACGGCAAGUGGCCUUUUUACCGCUUCAUGGGCAUACAAGAGCCUUUCAGCGUCAUCUUCUCGCUCUUCAACUACCUCGCGCACGACUGGGGCAUGUCACAGCUCCGUGAGAAAAUUCCAGCUUCCUAUUCGUUGCGCAAAUACUAUCUCUGUUUCGGAUACGUGGGCCUGGCGAGCUGGACAUUCAGCAUGAUCUUUCAUACCAGGGACUUCAACAUCACCGAGAAACUAGACUAUUGGGCAGCAGGUGCAAACGUGCUGUACGGACUAUACUAUGCGCCGAUCAGGGUGUUCAGGCUGGACCGCGCUGAUCCAAGGAAGCAAAGUGUGCUGAGGCUGUGGACUGCGCUGUGCAUACUCCUCUACGUAAUGCACGUCCUCUAUCUCUCGCUGUGGAGCUGGGACUACACGUACAACAUGGCUGCGAAUGUGGUUGUCGGGACUCUGGCCAAUAUCCUUUGGACUGGUUUCAGUUACGUACAGUACAAGAGGAUUGGACGGACAUGGGCAGUACUGCCUGGCAUAUGCGUGGCCUGGAUCAUCUCCGCAAUGAGUCUGGAGCUCAUGGAUUUCGCACCAUGGAAGGGCAUGAUUGAUGCACACAGCCUGUGGCAUCUGGGCACCGUGGUCCCGACCAUCCUUUGGUACAACUUCCUCGUCAAGGAUGCACAAGAAGACAUAGCAGGCGCACGAAAGGGGAAGGACUAGACGGCCGCACCCAAGAUCUUGGUCUCGUUCUUCAUCAACCAAUACAUUUACUACCUUCAUCUCCGCGAUCUUCUAUAUCAUAUCUUUGUCAAGACUUCCGAUGAUAUCGAGGCGAAUUUGACGUUUCAAGGCGGCCUUUCGGUCAUGUCGCUGUUAAAAGUUGGGAUUGAUUCUGGGUGCACAAAAUCAUUACAUCAAUAUGACUGUCUGACAUGAGCCAAAACACUCAAUUACAGACCGCUUUUGAGUUCAAAAUCACACAUAUGCCGUAUCAGUACUACUUUGUCAGGUAAACUGCUACAUUUCUCUCCUCGGCCAUCAAAAGCUGUUACGUGCACACUUUGCGGUGAAGAAGUGGAGAGGUGCAGGAGUUGCUUUGCAAUGAUCCCUAUCAGUCCGUAGUAUACAUAUACAACAACACAAGCAGCACAGAGCAACAAAAGUG